AUGGCGACUCUCAAUGCUCUCAAGAAAGCCCUCAAAAAAGUUGGCGACGAAGCGCCUCGUAAACCAUUAAACGACAAAGAGUAUGAAGAUUCGCUUAGCCUUUUUGUCGAGGCCUCUGAACAGCACACAUACCAGAGGAAAUUCAUAAUCCCUCAACUGUCUGAACUGAUAACCUCCCUCUCAACACGAGAUGAGAUCUCAGUCUUGGAGAUUGGCCCAGGCCCGGAAAGUGUUCUGGGGGACCUACCGGCCACUCUAAGGAAGAGGAUCACGAAAUACGUCGCACUAGAGCCCUCUUUUCAAUACACCCAAAGUCUCCGAAGAUGGAUAUCGCCUACAGAGAACGAGAGACCGUUUCCCUCUUCGAAAGAGACCCUCGUUCGCCCAGCCUCCUUCAUCAAAGACAGCUGCCCGGGCGAGAAGUUCGACAUCAUUCUCUUUUGCCACGGCUUAUAUGGACUGAAGCAUAAGGAAGAGAUCAUUAAAAACACUAUCGAGAUGCUACCAGAAGACCCGCAUGACGGUAUGGUCAUUAUCUUCCAUCGCGCUGGCUCUCACAUUCUCGGCAACCUGGUCAGUCACCGUUCGCUGGCCGUACCCGAUCGCACUGUAGCUAUCAAGGAUGAUGAUGAAUCAAUCGACAUUUUCACUCGUUUCAUAGUCGGGUACCGUUUGACGACCGGAGUAUUAUAUCAGACCCGUCAGGCUCAGUGGCGGACGAUCUGCCGUCAACUGGCGCGCCGUGACGACGAUCGCCCAGGUUAUCUGAUCUUUAGCUCACCUGAAAUCAUGAUAGCAAUGACUCGACAUGCCAAAAACCUACCUGAUUUGGCUGCUCUUGUGCCACUGGCGCAUAGGCCCUACGGAGUCAAGAAUCGACAGGCGCUACGCAACAGGCCUGCUGCUAUCGUCAGACCUUUGGAUAUCAGCCAGGUUCAAUCAUGUGUUCGAUGGGCACUGGCCAACAAAACUAGCUUGGUGAUCCUAGGUGGUGGCCACAGUGAUCAUUGCCUUUGGCCUAAUGUUGUCUCCGUUGAUAUGGGUGCCUUCGACAAAGUCCACGUCGUUAAUCCGCCUCAAGAUAUAGACACGGAAUGUUGGGUUGUCGCUGGGGCUGGGUGUAAGACGGAAGAUAUCAUACACGAGACCAUGCCUGUAGCCGUGACAGUACCUUUGGGUUCUCGACCGAGUGUUGGUGCUGGGCUUUGGCUCCAAGGUGGCAUUGGACAUCUGGCCAGACACUGUGGCCUCACCUGCGACGCUAUCGUCGGUGCUAUCAUGGUCGAUGUGAUUAGUGGUCAAGUCCUCUGCGUCGGUUACGUUCCUGAACAACAUCGACCGUCGAACGCCGUUCGCCACGAACGUGAUGAGGAACUACUAUGGGCCUUGAAGGGAGCCGGAACGAACUUUGGUAUUGUUAUCAGCGUGACUUUCAAGUCUUACACCGCCCAAAUGUUCUCAGUAUGUAAUUAUGGUUAUCCAAGCGACCAAAACGCUGAAGAGACACUGAAAAAUUUGAGUCGCGAUGUAUCCAGUCGGUAUCCUUACGAUAUCUCCUCAGACUACUAUCUGUGCUGCGAAGGUGGAGAGAUCCGAUGUGGAAUGACCACUUUCUUAUGCUCUUUGGAGGGGGUCUCAUCAGACAACUCCACGGGAUCCCCCCCGAAGACGGUUGAUGCCAUUGAGCUUUUUGACAAGGAGUUUUAUGUAUCCAAAAUGCAUCAAGGGCACGGGGGUGGCAAAACCUCUGCCUUCCGACGAUGUGUAUUUCUGAAGGACAUAGCCAACGCCGAUACGAUGAAAGUUUUGAUAUCUGCCACGAGAGAUGUUCCUACGCCUUACUGUUAUCUAAAUCUUGUGCAUGGCGGCAAAGCUGUAAGGCACGUCGCCCCCGAAGAUGCUGCUUUUGGCUGUAGAGACUGGGACUUUGCGUGCGUCGUCACUGGUGUUUGGCCCAGUGAAUAUGAUGGAAGACGCAUUUCUGAUAUUGUCAUUCGCUGGGUCUAUCGCGUUAUCAAUGAGCUCCUGCCGUUGAGCAAAGGGGUAUAUGGUGCAGACCUUGGACCUGACCCUCGAGAUAGGAUUCUCGCCACCAAAGCUUUCGGUCCCAAUCGCCGACGACUGGUGAAGCUCAAGCAAGCAUUCGACCCCAGUAAUAUCCUCGCGUACACUUGCCCCCUAACACUCUCCGGCCUGCCACAGAAGCUCGUAAUUCUUGUCACCGGCGAGCACGGUGUUGGGAAGGACUACUGUGCCAAUAUCUGGUCUGCUGUCUUCAAAGUAUAUGGAUACAGUAGCCGGGUAGUCGGUAUCAGCGAGGUAACAAAGAGAAAACAUGCAGCAUCAACAGUUGCUGAUCCUGACCGUCUUAUCAUUGACCGACAUUACAAAGAACAACACCGGAGGUCUAUCAUUGAUUUCUUCAAAAAGCGAGUGAAUGCAGAUCCUUCUGCGGCAGAGAACCACUUUCGUGAAGUACUGGAAGAAGAUGCUUCAGAUGUGUUGUUCAUCACUGGUGUGAAGGAGAUGGCUCCUGGUGCAACGUUAUCACACAUCGUAAAUGAUGCCAGACUAAUCGACGUCCGGGUCCAGGCAAGCGAGGCCACACGAACCUUGCGAAGUUGGGGAGACGGAAACAAAUUAGAAACAACACAUUGCGAAGCGUACAUGGGUGCAGACGGAAUCUACUCACCAAACUUCACGUUUGACAACGAAGCAAAUGGAGAUGAGGCUGUCAUGUCAUUUGCCAUCAAACGUCUUAUUCCCUUCAUGAGCGAAGAGCUUUAG